AUGUCACAGUUUGCCUCAGCGGACGAAUAUGAUUUAUCUCCUGCGCGCGGUAACAAUAAUCCCGCACCUCGCUCAUCCCAAAACAAAUCUCAACUCCUCGAAACCAUGAUGCGAAAUGUCCCUAAGUUAAAGGAACUAAACUACGCCCAAUGGAACAAUAUGAUAACCAACUCGAUCAAAAAAGCGAAACUCUGGGGCUAUAUUGACGGAUCUAUUGAAGAACCUUCGGACCACGAUGCUAGCAAUCUUGCCAUGUACUAUGAAGGGGCAGCGGCUGUUAGGAAUGCGAUCAUAGGAUCUCUCGAGCCUGGAGCACAGAGGUACAUCGAGGAUACGUUGGAUGCAAAGGAUGCCUGGCUCGCCCUCGAAACAAAGUACUUGACUGCUGAAGCUGAAAUCGACGCUGAAUUGAUUGAUAUCGAGAAGCAAUUAUCUGGCCUGAGACUUGAAGAAGAUGGCGACAUGAUCGAGCACAUCGCAGAGUUCUGCCGUAUGCGAUGUCGCCUAAACGGGACUCGUUUUGCACUUGACGACCAAGCGUGCAUCAGUAUGCUCUACCGAUCACUUCCACCAAGCUACCGACAGUCAGUUCUAACUCCGGAAAGGACAGAAAUGCAGAAUUUUGAACCCCAAGCAACAACCAUUGUCGACGAUAUUCCCGAGGACUACACAAACUGGGGAGUCCCGAAGGAUGUGAAGGCGUUCGAAUUGACAGGAAAUAAAAACCCACUGCUCGCCGAGCGGGCCAUGUACGAAUGGCGCCGAGAGCUUUGGGGUACAGAACUUGAUAAGUCAUCGUCACCCGAAGAGGAGAUCGAAGAUUCAGCCAAUAAUACCUCUGUUGAGAGCCUAAUGACUUUCCACAACAAACGACUAAGCUAUGAGUUCUCGGAACCAAUCAAAGUUGUCCUUGAGUUUGACGACCUUGGUCUGCGAACGCAACUGAGGCAGCGGCUGAGCAAUUACUAUUCAAAACCCUCAACAGUACAACAGUGCGCUAUUCUUCCUAUUACUCAUGGGCGCAACGUCCAUAUUCAAGCACCCCAGGGGAAUGGAAAAACAACUGCCCUUGCUAUAUCUGUACUUCAAUCGGUCAACCCGAGUCUCCCACAUAUUCAGGCACUUAUUCUCGCCUCAAGUGCUACAGGAGCCGAUAACUUCAAGCAGAUUCUUUCCAAUUUGGGGCACGGAUUGGGGGUCAAUUGUAGCCACCCAAAUCAAAUUUCAUUCCAGGCAUUCGCAGAGAUCAACAAUCAGCACAUAAUUUUAGGAACACCAGAGAACCUCUUGGGGCUUAUUUGCCGAGACAUUUUGGACACGCGUAAACUCAAAAUGAUGGUUCUAGACGAUGUCGACAGUAUUUCAGAUGCCGGGCUCGAGGAUAAAAUUCUUGAAAUAUAUCGACAUGUUCCUUCGCUUACGCAGAUCAUAGUUUCAUCCACCACACUACCAACGUCCAAUAUCAAGGCUGUGCCCAAACUCUUAGCUAACCCUCUCUGUGUCAUUGUCGGUCGCGAUGAGGGCGUGUGUAAGAGCGCUCCUCAUUUCUUUGUCAAAGUGUCGAUGGAAAUGAAAAGAUCUCUUGUACGGGCCGCAUCUUCAGCAGUGUCGCCUGCGAAAACUGUCGUUUUGCCACAGUGA